AUGCAGAACAUUUUGGAUAAGGCAUACGACAAGUAUGCUCUAACUAGUUCUGCACCAUCAGACGCACACACGGACUUACUAUGUGAUCCUAAUCUAGUGGAGGAUUACAGUGAUAUUCUGAAGACUAUGCCAAAGAAACUACGGCUAGACGAGGAGAACACGAGCGUAAACGGUAGCGUAGUGAUCAACACUGCAAGCUCGCAAAACUGGCCCGAAAAAGACACAAAACCUGUGAAGCCUACAGUGGUUUCUACACCUGCCCUCCAGACGGAGGAGACUGAAGCAACUCAAGAGCCAGCACUUGCAGAGCCGUCCAACGAUACUGACUACGAAUAUAGCGACUCUGAGUUUGAGGAGGACAUGGAAAACAGACUCGAAGAUCUUAGAUCCAGCGCUAAGCAUGGAACAGGCAUGGCUUUUUUCACCCAAGACAACGAUUCGGAGAGCGAAGUACACCACAGAGACUUCAGCGACAGCUCGUCCGAGGAAGACGACCUCACGACUUCGUUCACAAGCAUAAAGCCGUAUUCUGAAUCAAAUAACAGCGACGGCGAAGACGACGAGAUCGAGGAGGAGUUUCAAGCGUUAGCUCCACCUGAGGAAAUUGACCCCAGCAAAUUAUACGCAUUAUAUCCUUUCCGGGGUCCUGAUCCGUCUCACUGCCAGCUUUAUCAAGAUCAGGAUUGCAUACUUCUAAACGACCAGGACUCCUACUGGUGGCUGGUCAAACGGUGUAACGACGGCAAAAUCGGGUUUGCACCUGCAGAAAUUCUAGAAACUUUCCCAGAACGGCUUGCUAGGUUGAACUGCUGGAAAAAUGAAAACAUGUCGAGUCAAUCAGUGGACAGCGCAGAUCUCAAGACCAAGACGACCACAGAACAGUCGGCAGAGGAUAGUACAGAUCACCAGCUGCCGUAUUCGAAGGGUAAUAAAUCCGUAAGCUUCAACGACGUUGUGAGCUACGCAGAGAGAUUUCUUCAAGACAGUGAACGGGAGGGCAGCCUUGCUGACCUAGAAGAACUCGAUGAUACGGACAAAGAAGAGUCUGACCGCAACAAGAGCACUGACACGGUGGGUGAUAUAUAUGAAGCUGCUUUGCAUGUGGACGAUGAUGAUGACGAUGCCAGUGAGGCAGUAAGUGAUGUUUCGUUCAACACAGGCACCACUUUACCUUUACAUGUUAAAAAAGUAAGGAACACGGGGGUGGACCGCAAAGCUGAGGAGACAGCGGACUCCAAGCCCCACAUCUUCGAGACACAAGAGCUGGAUACUCAUUUGUCUCCUUUUGUGGGAGAAAAAAAAGAGCACAAACUUCUGAGAGCUGCCGAUGACGGCCUUCACCAAACUUUCCAAGCACCCAUCAUACCUUUUGCGGGGCACAAGGAGAUGCCUAAGUCCAACUCAAACUAUUCCAUAUCGACAAUAGGAGAGUAUUCGCCUUCUUCAUCGGAAUGGACAAACGAUUCUCCACAGAUUAAUAACGGCAUCUUUGAAGUCGACACUGUUACUGCAGAGAGCAUACCCUCCUCUAGAGCUAUUAAAGACAUCUCCCAGCUCGUGAAAUCAAACGAGAAUGAAGAAGAAAGCCAAGGUCCGGAAGAAGGGGCGAUACAGAGUGAGCCGGUAAAGUGCAUACCAGGCGAUGUACAAGAAAGCAAAGACUCAAACCAUCCUGAAAUCCUUGAAGAACCUGUUUCUCAAGAGUCAGAAGCUCAACCCCAUGCUGAAAAUCACAACAACAAAGACGAGAAGCACAGCACUACAUCCUGCAUAACCCCAGGCCCACCUGGGGUGUACCCACUAGCACAACACAUCUCGCAUCGCGAGAGCAUUUCGGCGUCAUCUGACGAUUCUUGCAUAGACGAAGGGCGGGGAACUUCAACAACCACUAUUAAUAGCACUUUUUCGCUCAACGAGGCCAAGCACAACCAUAAUCAUCACCCAAUUGUACACGAGUUGUACAACCCAUUAUUUGGGAAGAUCGAUGAUCUACUUGAGAGACUGAACAGCGUCAUAAAUGAAUAA